AUGUUACUAGCAGUAAAUAUAGGAAAUACAAAUAUUCGUUUCGCUGUUUUUAAAAGCGAAACGGAUAUUAUAACUUGGACUAUUAAUACUAAACCUUACCGUACAGAAUAUGAAUUAUACGCUAAGUUUUCAAAUAUGUACAAACCAUUUGGUAUUGAUAAAAAAGAAAUUACUGGAAUUGUAAUAGGUUCGGUUGUUCCUCCAUUAACAAUUAGUGUAAAAAUAGCUUUACAAAAAAUACAUAAGCUAAAAGCAAUGAUUGUUGAUCGUAAUACGCCUUCAGAGGUUAUACGAUCAUCUAACCAAAUGGGAACAGAUCUUUACGCAAAUGCAGUAGCAGCACAUUAUAAAGGAAUUCCUGGUAAAAAAAUUGUCAUUGAUUUUGGUACAGCUCUUACUUUUUUAGGUCUAGAUGAAACAGGAAAAGUAACAGGAGUUGUUAUUGCUCCUGGUAUUAUUACAGCUCUUAAUUCCUUAGUAGGAAAUACAGCUCAAUACAACUAUCGAAGAGCUUUAUAG